UUUUAAAAUAAUAAUAAUAAUAAUAAUAAUUUGGGACCAGUUAAAAUCGAAUACUAUUACGUGAUGGAUUCAAUAUCCUUACCAGAAAACUCGAACAAUUCCAAUACAAAAACAAAUACUGGUGGACCAACGACUUUUAAUGAACAAGCAAGUCUCUCUAUAAACGUUCCCAAUAAUAUUAUCGCCAUAUUUCUAGUACGAUUUCAUGUGCAUCGUGGUAAUGAACUUGUUUGGCAAUAUCCCUUUGACGUUGACCUUCAAGGUGUGGAAUAUCAAGCCAUAUGUAGUGGUUUGCAUGCAGUAGAUAAGGACAUAAUCUACUUUUCACGACAAAAUGGUUUUGGUGUAGGCGUCUUUCGAAAGCAAGUCAUCGAACAAGAUAGAGGAGCAAAUAUGCAAGCCAUUGGUAUACUAACUGCUCCUCCAGCACAUGGUCAACCUUUUGAACUAUGGCAACACAUAUCAUUUUUGGAAAAUCAACUAGAACUUCUGGAUCCAACGCAAGUCCCACCCGAUCCAGUUUAUUCAACUUUGAAAAAUUAUUAUGAUAUUCAUCGACAACCAGUCACUAUCUCAGCUCCUUCAACAGCAAGACUACAACAGAAUUACAGUAUGUCGGUUCCCAUGGAUAUUCGUUUUUUUCGACCUUUUGACUCCGUUUCUCAAGCCAUUUCUUUUUAUAUCCAAUCUAUCCCGUCCACAACUGCACAAAAACAAUUUGAACAACAUUCUCAAGAUCCUUCUCAUUCUUUUAGUGACAUGGUGGUUGCGUUUGGGCCUACUCUAUUUGUACUUUGGAAAUCUACCCUUUUGAAACAGCGUAUCUUGUUAAUGUCUCCUUCUCCGCCCAUGGAAAAACUCUGUCACUAUGUCUACAAUGCUUACCUGAUGACUCACUGGCAAGGCCCAAUCUCUUCUACAACCAACAAAAAGAAAGAUAUCAUCCCAAAGUUUAAUAUCGGUAUCAACGAUAUUGUCACAUUGGAAACGGAACAAGAUUCAAGUUAUAUUGCAUGUACCUCGGACACCAUAUUUGACAUCAAGAAAGACUUGUAUGAUGUAUUGAUCAAAUUACCACCAUCCAAUACAAUGACACCAAAUAUACCAAUGACCACUAUAUCAUCCAUUCAAGUCAAUGCUGCAGAUUUGGAAAGAUAUGAUCUACUAAAACGUCUUUUACCUUUCUCCUCGUCAUCACAACAGCCAGAAACUACUGGUUCAUUAUCAUCACUGUCAUCCUAUCGAUAUCAAUGGGCUCUAUGGUGGAAUUCUAUCGAUUGUUCAAGUAUAUUAAAACACGGAAUUGAUCCUUUUUCUUCUUGUUGUCGACGAAAUAAAUCAAUAUCAAAUUUACAAAACCAAUCAUGGAAAUAUCAGCAUCAGCGAAGGAAAGGGGGUUCUAUUCAUACUUUAGACGAUACAACAUCUCCACUAUUACAAACAAGCGAUGUCGAUGACGAUCAAAACAACGAUAACAACGACAAUGAUCUUUUGCAAGGACAAGAUGCUGAAGAAAUUGAUACCCAGGUGAUAAUGGAUACUGCACUUCAGUCAUCUAUUUCAUUUCCUUCUUAUCGCCAAUCCUCUAAUAUAAUGUCAUCUUUUACUCAAUCUUCAACAACCUCAUCUUUGACAACAGAUCCUCUCAAUGGCACUUUGAUUGGUUUUUUCCAUGUAUUAUCUUAUCAGUUGAUAUAUAGUCUACAAACAAUGAUUAUGACCUAUGAUCAAGUACAACAAGAAGAAAAUGUUGAUGAUGAAACUGAACAACAGCAAAAUGGUAAACCAGUGGUGAUGAUUAGUAUUCAAGAUAUGUUGCGAUUAGGGUUAGAUCCAUGGGAAGAUCGUGGCUUUAUCAAUCAACUUGGUCAAGUUUAUUUUGGGACACAAAUCAAGGUAUCUGGGUGGCAAGAUGUCUAUACAAAAUAUCUUUCUAUGAAAAAUACAUGCUGUUGUAGUCAAGAUUCUCCUGGUAGUCUUCAGUUAUAGCAUAUAUAUAGAUAUAUUCUAGAAAUAUAUAUUUUAUAAACAUAAUUCAAAUAAACAACAUCCUGAUUUUAUUUUC